UCGGCCUGGUUGCGAUUGAAACAAUUGCUCCGCGCGUGUCUCCCAAUUGCGAGUGUAUAUCCUGAUCCGCGUCCAAGGAUAAUCGCCAGAAAGAUUUUGAUUUUCAGCAGCUGUUUGCAUCAACGAGGACUCGGGAUUAAAUUGCAUCCUGUCGCGAUGAGAACUCUGCCAUUUUUGUUGGCGCUGGCGCUGUUGGUCAUUGGAGCCACAGCCAAAGCCUCAUCCUCCUCCACCACCACCAGUACCACCACCUCGGCGAAGCCAAAAACAGAGACCAAGCCAAAAGCUGAGCCGGAAAAGGCCACCAAACAGCCUUCUCCCUCGGCUUCGCCUGCCUCCAAGGCCACAACCACAUCCACCACCCGCCAAUCGAAGGCUUUAAAGCCGGGCGAGAAUCGUGGCAAGAGAACGCUGUAUGACUUUGGCAAUGCGGGCUAUCUGUAUCCCGAAGUGGCCAGUAGGAGGGCUGGCUAUGUGGACAAUUCGGCCAGCUAUUAUCCCCAGACUGGCUACUAUAAUGGCCAAAAUGCAAUUGCUCAAUAUCCAGGCAACUUUGGACCCGCUUAUGCUCAAUAUCCGCAGUACUUGGAGGCUCCGGAACCCAUCAUCGAGAUCAUCAUCAAGGAUGCCAAUGAGACUUUGGCCGAAGAGCCUGCCCAGCCAAUUGUGACCAAGAAAAAGAAGAAGAAGGAGAAGGUGCAUGUGUUUUAUGUGAACUACAAGAAGGAUCAGAACAACAAGUUGCACUUGGAGUCGCCCAUUGCCUCGUUGAAUAACGACGAUAAUGAGGAGGAAGAGGAGGAGGAGGAGGAGGUCAUCCAGUAUCCGGUUACUCCAUUGCCACCAGUGAAGUCUACCACCCUGCGCACCAUCAUCCAUCCGGAUUCCGAGAAAUUCCACAGCAACUCCGGCAUUCAUGUGUCAUUUGGAGCGGAGAAUCAGCACCAGACGGGUCACAUCCUGGAGGAGCACGAUGCCGAGAGCAUCCAGCGCCAAGUGGUGGCCUUGCCACCUUCGGUGUCCUCCAAAUCGGAGGGUGGAUUCCUGAGCAACACACGCGCGGAUUACGGACGAGAGAACAAUUUUGGCCGGGCUCCAGGACCCAUUUCCAAUCUUCUCUUUGGCAGCAACUACCAACAGUCGCCCAUUAACUACCAGCAACAGCAGCAAUUGCCCACUCAACACGGCAGCAACUACUUCAGGCCGCCAGCGGCACUUGUGGGUCCACCUCCAAGUUAUCCAAAGCCAGCACCACAGGUGCAACAGCAACAUCGCCCCAGCAUCACCCAGCAACAACUGCCCUCAACUUCUUCGCAGACCAUUUUCAAUAAGCUGGUGCAACAGUCGCAGUACUAUAUUAACCACAAUCAACAGUACCCACAGCAGCAGCAUCACCAACAGCAACAUCAACCACAGCAACAUCAACAGCAGCAGCCACAUCAACAGCAGCAGCAUCAACAGCAACAUCAGCAACAUCAGCAACAGCAACAUCAGCAGACAGCACAGCAACACCUGCAACCAGCACCGCAGCAACACCAGCAGCAUCAACAGGCACCGCAGCAACAGCAAUAUCAAAAACCGCCCCACAAGCAAGUGCAAGUGCCAUUCUUUCCCACAAUUCCGCCGAAAAGCGUGACUCCUGCUCCAUAUCAGCCUGUUAAAUUCCGUCCCACACCUGCACCUGUUGCCCAGGUGAAACCCCUGCCUCUGCCCGUCAAGCUGGACAAUGCCAACUACCAGCAGCAGCAACACUAUCAGCCACAACAGCAACAGAAGUUGCCGCAUCAGCAGCAAUCUUAUCAGUUUGUGCGUCAACCUCAAUUUGUGCAGCAGCCGCAGUUUGUGGUGCGUUCACCCACGCCACUGCCAGAAUACUACUCCCAGCAGAAGCAGCAGACGCAGCAGCAACAUCAUCAGAGCGCUCUCAACUAUUUCGACAUUAAGCCUUCCAAGGAGACGGAGUUGUUGAAGUCCAUUCCCAAGUUUGAGCAGCACAUCACGGAGACUGUGCAGAACCCCAUUGUCCCCUCGCAGCAACCACAGCAGCAAUAUCAGCAGCAGGUGCAACAGCAACAUCAGCAGCAGCAGGCGCAACAGCAACAUCAGCAGUAUUCUUAUAGCAGCACGCGGAAUGAGGUGAUCCACGAUGUGCCCGCUCCCAACUUGGGACCCACAGUACAGCAGCCCAUCUCUGGACACUACAUAACGGCGGGAUCAUCGAAUGGCCAGCAUUCCCAGCAGCAAUCUCACUUCGCCAGCUUCCCCAGCGAAACUCCUUCGCAGCCUCCCGUCUAUGCAGAGUCCACUCAUGGCCAGAAGGUGAUGGUGGUGACCCCAGUGCCUCCAUCCACCAACUAUGUGACCUAUAGCCAGUACUCCCAGGCCGCCCAUGAGCCAGUGGUCCAUGUCAAUGCCCAGUCGGCGGCUCUGCAGGCUCAGGCCAGCACCAACUUUGCCCAGCAGCCCCGGCAGCCAGCUUCCUCGCUGAUCAGUGCUCCAUCUGGUGACAACUCACCCUUCAGUGUGUCCACUUUCCACUCGGAUGUGUUCAAGGAACUGGAGCAGCGGAAUCAGAAGGAGAAGCAGGUGCCUCAGCAGGCUCCCAAGAUAGUUUCAGCUCCAGUUGCAGUGCCCCUUCCCGUUUCCCCUCCCACAUCCACUCCCGCAUCUUCGCCCGAUGGCAAGGCCUCGCAAACGCUUCUCCAACUGCCCGACGAAGUGCCCGAUGAUCUGCGCCAGCAACUCUUCUCCUCGGGCAUCCUGAACAAUGCCGAUAUCUCCAUUCUGGACUACGAUAAGCAGGGAGACAUUGCACUGGAGAACCUGCCCGCCGAGCAUCUGCAGCACUUCUAUGGAGCAGGUGGUGGUGCCCAGAUUGCCGAGACCAACAAAGUUUUGACCGUGGUCAAACCCAAUGGCGAUAAGGUGGCUCUCAGUGAGAAGCAACUGGAUCGCGUGAAGCAGAGCAACUCGUUGCCUCAGAAACAGGAUCUCGAUGUGAAAGUGGUUCGCUAUGAUGCCGCUCAAGGUCAGAGUGUGAGCGAUAAGUAUGUGCGCACCGAUGCCACCGUGGUGACCCCAGUGGAUUUGGCCGAACGCCAACAGUACAACCGCUACCUCCCACUGAAAAUCAACGGAGCACAGUUCCCCAUUCCCGACAGCGAGGAGCUGCUGGGCAAGCGGAUUGUCAGCGUGGUGGUCCUGGCUCCCGUGGAGGCCCAGAAUCCUGGACACUCGACCAGUGAGGCGCGGAGUGCCGACGGCAAGGAGGUCAAGUUCCUGGGCGGCGAGCUCAUCAAGACGCUGGUGAAGAAGCCCACCAAGGACAACUUCAAGCGUUGGCUGGAGAAGGAGGCGCGCACCGAUCUGGAACUGCAGUCCGUGGUUCUGCUGGUGACCAAAUCCACCGAUGCCUCCGCGGAGCAGGAGAUCUUCAUGUACGACAUUGGAACGGGCAGCAUCAACCGGCUGAAUGGGGAGCUCUCGAGCACGUUCGUCAACGUGGCCGAGGAGAACGCCAGCAGCGAGGAUCUGGAGCACGCCGCCACCUUGGACCCCAGUUCGCUGGAGUCCAUGAUGCAUCUGCGCCGCAGAUAGACAUCGCGAUCGAGUCGAGCCGCCGCAGUCCACAACAAAAUGCCAUUUAGCUACUCAACUAGACAUGAUCAUCGUGCGCCCCUGAAAACCCCUCUUGCGUUUUUCCACUUCCUUAGUUGUUUUUCUCUUACUUUCCUUAUUCUGUCCUCAGGUUGCACAUUUUCCACACAAAAAAAAGAGAAACUCGUUUCAUUGAUCACGGCAUUGCAUCCAAUCCUCUCGUAGUAUUUCCAUUUUGUAAAUAUUCUAUGCUGAUGUUACAAUUAUCGUAAUUUAAGUUAAUUUACGUAAAAAUAUUAAAAUAAACAAGAAAAUU